GAGCGCCCCACCACCAUUAGGGACACGCCGAGCGCCCCACCUCUCAUAGUUCUUUCUUUUUCCGUAAACAGGUAAACAUGAGCCUGAAGAAGAGAAUUGUUAUGAAGAAGAUUUCUGGAACUAUUCUUCUUUUGACCUGGCGGAAGAGGAGGAAGAAGAUGACAAGGAGUUAGUGAUAAAGAUGGAACCCAUCGAUUACAGCAAGGACGGGGCCUCACCUUCUCAAUGCUUUCCUGCUGCUGACCCCCCUCUGCCUGCAGCCCCUGCUCUGCCUGCGGCCCCCCCUCUGCCUGCGGCCCCUGCUCUGCCUGCGCCCCCCCAUCCUUCCGUUGCUUCCCAGCUCCAUAUUUCUUCAUCCAAACCAAACAGGCCUCCUAUAAUUCCAGCUAAACCUAUUCCAGCUGUUAGCACCAAGCCCCUCCCUGUAGGUACCAAGCCUCUUCCUACCAAACCUCAUGCGAUGACUAGUCACCCCUAUUCUACAUUGUCUGCUCCUAGCAGCCAGCCAAGCACAGCCCAUGUGGGAGCCAUUAAUAAGGUUGUGGGGACCCUCCAUUCAGCUCAGCGCCAUUACCAUCGGUCCCAGAGACAUCAGAUGCACGUACUGCACAUGGACCUCUUACAUUUAGGCCAAGGCGUCCAGCAUCUGACCCACAACGUAAAAGUCAACAAUCACAUCCGCUCCACUGAGAGGGCCCGAGAACUCCGGCUGAAGCAAAAAGAUACAGAAGAUCAGAGACAAUACCGAAUGGAGAAGUUAUGUCUCCUCCGGCAACACCACGAGGACAAACUGAGGGCCCGGCAGGAACACUACGAGAAGAAGGAGAAGCUCCUAAAGGAGAACAACCACCUACUGAGGGGCAUCCUCCAGCGCUUGUCACACCCUGCGGAGACCAUUCCUACGGGUGAACACAGUGCGGCACAAAGAAUGGCGCCCUCACCACCCCCACAGAGCACAGACAGACCGACUACUAACAAAGGGGUCAGAACAAGAGGCGGGAAGGGGAGAGAAGGGACGUAAUGGGCGCCUAUAGCCACCACGCUCUGUGACACAAUUCAUCCAGUAACGCCCGGCACUCACUAUGUGACACAAUUCAUCCGGUAACGCCCGGCACUCACUAUGUGACACAAUUCAUCCGGUAACGCCCGGCACUCACUAUGUGACACAAUUCAUCUGGUAACACCCGGCACUCACUAUGUGACACAAUUCAUUCUGUAACACCACAAGCUCACUAUAUGACACACUUCAUCCUGUAACUACCGGCACUCACUAUGUGACACAAUUCAUCUUGUAACACCUGGCACUCACUAUGUGACACAAUUCAUCCUGUAACACCCGGUGCUCACUAUGUGACACAAUUCAUCCUGUAACACCCUGCGCUCACUAUAUGACACAAAUCAUUCUAUAAUGUCCGGCACUCACUAUAUGACACAAUUCAUCCUGUAACACCUGGCACUCACUAUGUGACACAAUUCAUCCUGUAACACCUGGCACUCACUAUGUGACACGAUUCAUCCUGUAGCACCCCGCACUCACUAUGUGAUUUAAUUCAUCCCGUAACACCCCACACUCACUAUGUGACACAAUUCAUCCGGUAACGCUCGGCACUUGCUAUAUGACAGGGUACAUCCAUAACGCCCGGCACUCACUAUGUGAAAGGAUUCAUCCGGUAACGCCUGGCGCUCACUAUAUGACACAAUUCAUCCUGUAACACCCGGUGCUCACUAUGUGACACGAUUCAUCCUGGUAACGCCCGGCACUCACUAUAUGACAGGAUUCAUCCGGCAACACCCGGCACUCACUAGAUCACAGGAUUCA